CAGAUACUCCCAAAAACGACUUAAGUAGUACUUUAAAGUAUUUUUUACUUUAGUACUUUACACCACUGCUAAUGAGUCGGGAUGGCCCUAGUGUUAAUGGACGAAUUCCUGACUGCUCUACACUAUUGAGUGCCUAGUCUUUAAGACCUGGUAGGAACUCAGUUGGUAAACACGUCCAGCAAUAAACUAAAGGUAUGGGGGGAGGAUAUACAAGAGAGGGUAGUGCAAGAAAAGAUUUGGCCUCUUGGAGGAAAAGCGUCUCAAAUAUACACAUAAACAUUUUUCACACAGACACACGUUAACAGGGGAGAGUUAAAGGCAGGCACUGACUGUCAGAGGGAAAGAGAGAGGGAAAGAGAGGGAGAGAGAGAGAGAGAGAGAGAGGAAGAAGGAGAAAAAGAGAGAGAGAGGAAGGUAGGUAGGAGGGGGAGGAACAUGUGACUUGAGCAUGUGUGUGAGAUAAGAGACAAAUGGAGAGGCGAGUAAAAAUCCAGUCUACUGAAAAUGUCUGUUCAUUUGAGAUAGGGAUGCAACUCUACAACAAGCUCCACGAACACUCCUCUGGUUUCUGUGUCCAUAAACUGUGGGAGAGAGGGAGAGUGAGAGAGGGAGAGAGAGAGAGGGAGAGAGAGAGUCAGAGAGAGAGAGGGAGAGAGAAAGAGAGAGUCAGAGAGAGAGAGAGAGAGGGGAUUGGUCAAGGAGAUGGAUGGAUUGUGUGUGACCAUGUGUCUGUGCGUGUGUGUGUGAGAGAAUCAGGAGGUGUGUGCGUUAGUGCGUGCCAGACAGCAAAGAGAGGCGCAGUUAUCUAGGAUUUUGAGCCAAAAGAACCUCACUAACAGAAAGAGAGAGAGAAAGAGAAACAGAGGGAGAGAGAAAAAAUAGGAAGAGAAGUCGAGAGGAUGAAAUAGGUAUAUAGAUAGAAACAAAGAUAGAAAGAGACAUACACAGAGAUCGGGAUUACAGUAAGAUUAGAUUAAAAAAAGAGAUAGACAUGGAGAGACAGAAAAAGAUGAAGUUCACACAGAAAUAGAAGAAGGUUAUAUGGGCAGUGAGUGGAAGGACACCAUCCAAGGCUUCAAACAAAGCAUCAAGCCGACAGACUCAGGAGUGGAGUAGAAACCCAUCAAGUACAACAAAAAAGAAAAAAAAGGACGAGUGGCACCAAAGAGGUGUGGGCACCCAAAUCCAAGAGGCUGGCAAGUGGAACUGCUUUAAGGUGAAAACCGGUGUCGGGAGGCACAGUAAACGACGAAACUCAGAGGUGUCUGAGAGACUGAAUUCUGCCAGCUUUUCAAAUUCUUUUAGGAGUUUUCCCAUGAUUCUACUGGGCUCAAUCGGCGUGGUCCCACUACUGCUGUCCCUGUGUGUGGGGGCCGUGUUGUCCCCUCCAGACGCACCCCCAGUCUGUUCCCACCCCCCUUGCAGGGACAGUUUGGUGGCCGCUCCGCCUGCGAGGAUAGGGUCAGGGGGGUGUGAGGGGAGCCCUGGGACAGCGGGCUGCAGGGUGGUGGUUGCCCCCCUGGCUGCCUCCGACCCCCCUCUGAGGGAGGAACACAGACAAGAAGUCCGACAGGUCCAGCCCGAGGCAGGGGAUGUGUCGGAGCGUCUGUUCCAGUUGCAGCGAUGUAUGCAUUCCUUCCAGGAGCCGGGGGCCCCCAGGGGCCAGGCAGGCCAGGGAGAGGACACGCUGGGGGCCAUUCUGGCUCUGAUGGCUGCAGUGCUGACAGAGUGUGACCUUCACUGUCACAGCCAGGCCCUCAGGGCUAUGGCCAGACGACUGGAGGGGGCAGCGGUUGGGAGAGAGGGAGAGAAAGACUUGCUACUACUAUUGAGAAGUAUCACACAACACCCUCCAACAGUUGCCCCCUCAGUGAGGCUGCAUCCUCAGGACUGUGCUGAGAUCUAUCGUUUGGGGAUCCGAGAGAACGGAAUCUACACCAUCCAGCCUGACCCACACAGACCUGCAGUCGAGGCAGAGUGUGACAUGGAGACGGCAGGCGGAGGGUGGACGAUGUUCCAGCGUCGGAGAGAUGGCUCGGUGGACUUCAAUCGGACGUGGCAGGAGUACCGCGAGGGUUUUGGUUCCCCACAGGGAGAACACUGGCUGGGGAACGCAGCGCUGCAUGCUCUCACCAACACUGGUCAACACCUACUGCGUAUUCAACUGGAGGACUGGCACAAGCAGAAACGCCAAGCCACCUACAACACCUUUAGAGUGGCAACAGAGACACAGAAGUACCGUCUGACAGCACGGGAGUACUCUGGUGACGCGGGAAAUGCCCUGAGCUACAGCAAACGCUACAACCACGACGGCCGAGCGUUCAGCACCAACGACCGUGAUCAUGACCGCUACACCUCGGGGAACUGUGCGCAGUACUACGGUGCGGGCUGGUGGUUCGAUGCCUGCCUGGCGGCUAACCUGAAUGGACGGUACUACCGCGGGCGCUACAGCGGGCUGACCAACGGCAUUUACUGGGGCACCUGGUACAUCCUGACAGACAGCCGCAGUGGAGAGCGCUACUCCUUUAAGAGUGUGGAGAUGAAGACACGCCCACGCUACUUCUAAUAAUGAAUGACUUGGGAGCAGAUUGAAAUGGGACAGUUAAUGUGAAGUAGCAAUCUAUAAAAUGUAGGCCUACUACAUACUCUGAGUCAGGUUCUGUAUAUAUAAAUCUAGCCUGGUCCCAGAUCUGUUUGUGAUGUGCUCCAGCCAGGGAAACCCUCAUCUGGUUGCAGAGUGUGUGAAGGUUGUUGUUAACCAGCUGAUGACUGUAUGUUUGAUUCACUGAAUGAUGUUGGGAUAGUGAGCCACUAAAUCACUUCUUCCAGGUGUAAAUAUAGUGCUAAAUGGAAAAGUGGUUUGAUGUCUCUGUCCUGAUUUAUAAUUCAAGUAUGUAUUGAAGAAGUUGAAUUACACCAUUAACCAGCAGAAUAUGUGAUCAUAAAGGCUCAUGGGUUCCUCACCCCUGCUUAAUUUUUAUUAUCCAUCAUUCAAGCCAUGUACUUUGCCACCCCGCAUCUUUUUUUGUUGUGAUAUUUGAACGGCAGUAAAGUUUUCAUACAGUAUGUUAUGCAAAUCUUUCCACAAAUUUGAAAUGUAGAAAUGUACAUUGACAAUCAUGGCUUUAGUAUAGAGAAAUUAUUAUUGAAAUACAUUUCUAUAACAUUUGUAACCAUUGACUUGAGUUAUUGUGUCUCUGAAUAUGGUUUACCAGUAUUGUUUUGGGUAAAUAAGAUAUGUCAACAUAUAAAACACAAACGAUGAA